UAGUCCUCACAUGUUGUUGUGUACAUUCACCGGUUGCUCAGCACUGUUAUCACACUUUGGGCCAGUGUAGUGUUUAAAUUGAUGUCAUUAGACACUUAAUCGAAAACUAAGAAGAUGAAAGUGGUCGCGUUGAUAAGUGGGGGCAAAGACAGCUGCUACAACAUGAUGCAGUGUGUUUGUGCAGGACACCGGAUUGUGGCUCUGGCCAACCUCCGUCCUGCAGACACAGAUGAGUUGGACAGCUACAUGUACCAGACAGUGGGCCACCAGGCCAUAGAGCUGUAUGCUGAAGCCAUGGAUCUGCCGCUUUACAGACGCACCAUCCAGGGUUCUAGCCUGGACACCGGCAGAAACUAUAAUCAGACCGAGGGGGACGAAGUGGAGGACCUGUAUGAGCUGUUAAAGCUGGUCAAGGAAAAGGAGAGUGUCGAGGCGGUGUCCGUGGGGGCAAUUCUCUCCGAUUAUCAGAGGGUCCGUGUGGAAAAUGUAUGUUUGCGGCUAGGUUUGCAGCCCCUGGCCUACCUGUGGCGCCAAGACCAAGAGUCCCUGCUCUCUGCGAUGAUAUCAUCUGACCUCCGUGCUAUCCUCAUCAAAGUUGCCGCCUACGGCCUGGAUCCAGAGAAGCACUUAGGAAAACCUCUGGCCGACAUGGAGCCCUAUCUCAAACAGCUCUCCCAGAAGUAUGGAGUUCAUAUUUGUGGAGAAGGAGGUGAAUAUGAAACCUUCACCCUUGACUGUCCGCUCUUCAAAAGGAAGAUCGUUAUUGAUGCAGCAGAGACAGUUAUCCACUCAGCAGAUGCCUUCGCUCCAGUUGGCUACCUCCACUUCACCGCGAUGCACACCGAAAGCAAGGAUGCCGUGAGUCAAACUUCCGAUGUGGUGGCGAGAGCUUUGCCCCAUGGUAGUUGUCCUUGCCAGAACGCCAUUGACAAGAUGACUGAGGAGGUGGAAUAUGCUGAUCAAGCUGAAGACAACCGGCAAGAAUUUACAUCAAAUUGUGACCUUAGUUGUCAGCGGGGCCACGCUCUUCCUCCAUCCUGUUCACCCAGAAGCUCCAGAGGUUUUCAGUGGAUCUCCGGCAUCAAGGGCCUUCAGAGCCAAGAAUCUGGGAUCCAGGGCCAGACGUGGGCAGCUUUCACUCAGCUGAAAAGCGAGUUGGACGGCAGAGGGUGGAAGAUGAACGACAUCGUCCUGGUUCACCUGUAUGUGAGGUCCAUGGCAGACUUCGGCCCGCUCAAUGCUGUUUAUAAGACGCACUUUGGCAUAAACCCUCCAGCCAGGGUGUGUGUCCAGGCUCCUCUACCUGCUGGUCAGCUGCUGCAGAUGGACUGCCUGCUCCAUGACUGGACUGAGCCCCCCGAAGAGGGCUGCUUCCACGAGAAGGACGCCCUGCAUGUCCAGAGCAUGUCCCACUGGGCCCCGGCCAACAUCGGGCCCUACAGCCAGGCCUUCAGGGUCGAUCAGUCGGUUUUCUGUGCAGGCCAGAUCGCUUUGGUCCCCUGCACCAUGCAGCUGGUGAAAGCUGGCACCAGGACCCAGGCCUGUAUGUCCUUCAGCUACGUGAAGAAGGUUCUGGAGGCGGUGAUCGGCACUCUGACUUUAGCUCAUGUCCUGCAGGCCCAUUGCUACACAACAAGACACCAAGACGUCCCCGUCAUCCGGGCCGUGUGGGAGAGCAUGCUGAGGGCCGCUGAGGAAGAGAAGGACUUGUUGUGGGAGCCUGAGCUCGAACGUCCGCCAUUGUUUGUCGCCACGGUGCCCGCCUUACCCAGGGGUGCAGCGGUUGAGCUUCACGUCACCGCCGUCCGGGACGAUCCGAUCAAAAGGACUUCUCAGCGCACGACCACAAAGUUAGCACGCGGGUCCAUCGAGUGCCGCGGUGUCAUGUCCGCCGACAUGUCCAGCGCUUCACUUUCGCUCUCCCUCGCUGUGCCGGGUGACAACCUGGAGGUCAGCAGUGAAAAGGGUGUAACGCAUGAAGUCGUAGCGACGUUCGUUAACGCCAUGAAGAAACUGGAGGCGGAGCUGGUGCCACUGUGUGCCAGGGUGUUCUACAAGUGCAGCCACUCACAAGCACAGGGGAUUGUUGAAGGACUUGAAGAAAGUCUGAGAAGCUCUCUUGGGGAGUCCAGUCCAUCCAUGUCCCUCGUGCCAGUCCUGGAAUUGCCCGACUCCCAGAUCCUCCACCUGUCCUGCUGGCUCAGUUUAUAGACGCAUAGCCAGAGUCAACAACCAGGCUCCAGUCAUACAUCCACAGCACUGGAAUUCAGUGGAGGCUUUUCUGGAGGAGCAACUCUGACAGGCCCGACACCUAAUGACUUACAACGGGACAUCAGAGAAUGUGGGAAAAGAAAAACUGCAUAACUGCUCGUUAAUUUUGACUGUUUAUCACUGCCGAUUGUUGAAAAGCAAAGCUGUGUCUGUCUCCAAGUGGUUCUGAUGACGUGCGGUUUUCAGGAUGUGUUUAUUCCACUUCAUAUCCUGGAACUUGGGCCAUAAUUCACUUUGUCCUCUACUGGACUUGUAUACUGCAGCAGCUGUUAUUCUGGCUUGGAGAGGAUCCUUAUGGAACCUCUUUAAGCUAAAUCUGCAUACCAGAGGACCGGAGACCGUAGUCCACAAAAGGAGACAGUAGCAGUGUCUCGUCCCACUGGGCGAUAAACUGUAUCCUCCUGAUAUCCCACUGUUUCUGCUGGAAUUUGUCUUAGCAUGUUAGCUAACACCCCUCAUAAAGGCCUAGCGCCACCGCUGACACCAUCUGUUCAGCCGUAAACCUAUAGAUUUACUGUGCGACUGCUGUGUGUAAUGAGUGUGGAUGUGGAGUGUGUGUCUCCCUCUCAUGCUCCGUGGGAUUCAAGGUGUGUUAUUAUUGUGUAAUAGGCAAUCAGUGCAGAGCACCUGAAAAGAUUAAGCCUCUUUAUGUUUUCUAUUGAUUCUGAGGCAAACUGGUUAAUAGAAGAGGGACGCUAGCUGCAGGGCAGGUGUGUGUGUAAUGUGUGUGUGUGCUGUGUGUGUGUGUGUGUGUGUGUUUAGGGUGUCAGUGGACACAGUGUAACAGCGUGAGAGGAAAAUAACGCUAUUAACCGUUGCUCCUGGAACAUUUCUUUUCUCAGAGAUCAUGAACCAUAUUGAUGAUCUGAGUUGGAAUGCAUCUUCACUCGGGCUAUUCUCUUGAUCGCGCUCGUGGAUGGUCGGGGCGAGCGGAGUGGGCUAUUGAUCUUCACACACCCCAAUGUUGUUUUGAUUGUUGUUAUCAAAAAUUGAACAAUAGAGGCAGCCAAUAGAGCCUGAAGAGUUUUAUUGAGGGGUUGCAAAACACAAACAAGCAAUUAUUUAUGAGCGCAACAAUGCCCUAUGUACAUACAGUGUGUGUAAAAUAAAAAGAUGUUACCCUGAAAGAAGGCGCAAAUAUGAGGGUACUUUGAAUUGAUUACUUUAAUGCUUAGGUUAGAAUAACACACAUGUAUUGAAUAUAUUACACGGUUUUAAAGCUGUGAAACAACUUGAAUUUGGCACAAAUAGCCAUUUUUUUUGUAUCAAAGACUUCAUGAAUACUUUAGUUGUCAAAUUACUUUUUUUUCUUUGUCUUUUUUUUCUGACCAUUACUAACAACUUCAGCCCUGAGCAGACUCGCUGAUCAAGACUUCUCUGAGCAUGCGUCUUUCUUUCAAAAUGAAUGGUUUUGCAAGGACGAUUGAAUCAUGCAUCGACCUCUUGAAAUGUACUGCACUUAAACUCACGCACUCGAUUGAACUUCAUUAUUAAAGUUCCACAUUUGCAAGAUG